UUUCCUGGCUUCUAAAUACACAUAGCUCGGUACAUUACUCGAUAUCAACAUGAUUUUGGUCGGACCGAAUCAUUCAAUGCGCCUGGACCGGUAUCCCAAAGAGUACGCAGGAUCGAAUGCGCUACUUUGUCGUGUGGCAUCUACUGAGCAAGACCUCUGUCGGAGCGGGGAAGAAAUGAAGGAUGAUAGCCUACUGCAGCUUUGUCAUUCUGAUUACGCACGCAGUCAGGAUGAGACUGAGCAAGAAGGCUCGCAACGCAAUUUACUCAUUGUUUUCUCUCAUGCAUAUUGCCUUGGUAUAUGUUUUUCCAUACUGGAGAUACUUUUGAUGAGUAAGAUCGUUCCUAUUGGCAUUUCCAGAAGAUAAAC